AUGAAGAAAAGCAAGGGCAAGAACAAUGGCUUGUUGCCGAACUCACUUAGGAUCAUAUCGUCGUGUCUCAAAACUGUUUCGACGAAUGCGAGCACCGUCGCUUCUACAGUUCGCUCUGCUGGUGCGUCUGUAGCUGCUUCUAUUUCUGCUUCCGAGGAUCAAAAGGAUCAGGUAACUUGGGCUGGCUUUGGCAGGCUAGAGCUUAGUCACUCUGCCUUUAAGCAUGUUCUCUUACUUGGUUAUCAGAACGGAUUUCAAGUUUUUGAUGUAGAGGAUGCCUCUAAUUUCAGCGAACUGGUUUCAAGGCGCGAUGGCCCAGUUUCAUUCUUACAGAUGCAGCCCUCUCCUGCAGCAUCUGAUGGUAACCAAGGAUUCAGAAUGGCGCAUCCAUUGCUGCUGGUUGUUGCUGGAGACGACACCAAUGGUCCAGGGAUUGUUCAUAACACUAGCCACUUGGGAGGGAUAGGCAGAGAUAGUAAUUUGGAGUCUCGACCAGGAAACCCUGUCAGCUCUCCUACAGCUGUUCGGUUUUAUUCCCUUAGGUCCCACGGUUAUGUGCAUGUUCUGAGAUUUCGGUCUGCUGUUUGUAUGAUUAGAUGCAGUCCUCGGAUAGUAGCUGUGGGUCUUGCAACUCAAAUUUACUGCUUUGACGCGCUCACCCUCGAAAACAAAUUCAGUGUUCUUACCUAUCCUGUUCCUCAGCUAGCAGGACAAGGAUCAAUUGGGUUUAAUGUCGGUUAUGGCCCAAUGGCUGUGGGUCCAAGGUGGUUAGCCUAUGCUUCCAACAGCCCACUAGUGUCAAACACAGGUCGCUUAGGACCCCAAAACCUCACUCCUUCUCCAGGAGUUAGUCCAUCUACAUCACCUGGCAGUGGUAGUUAUGUGGCUCGUUAUGCGAUGGAGUCUAGUAAACAUUUGGCUGCUGGAAUAAUUAACCUGGGUGACAUGGGAUGCAAAACCUUAUACAAAUACUGUCAAGAUCUGCUCCCAGAUGGAUCUAACUCUCCAAUAUCAUCAAAUUCAGGCUGGAAAGUUAGUCGGCAUGCAGGAACAGAAAUGGAUAAUGCAGGGAUGGUUGUUGUCAAAGAUUUUGUUUCCCGAGCUGUUAUAUCACAAUUUAAAGCUCAUACUAGCCCAAUAUCUGCUCUAUGUUUCGAUCCUAGUGGGACCCUUCUGGUUACAGCCUCCAUAUAUGGAAAUAACAUUAAUAUUUUCCGGAUUAUGCCUUCAAGCAAACACAGUGGAUCAGGUGGUCAGAACUUAGAUUGGAGCUCAUCUCAUGUGCACCUUUACAAGUUGCAUCGUGGAAUAACAUCAGCUAUGAUCCAGGACAUUUGCUUUAGUCAUUACAGUCAGUGGGUUGCAAUUGUUUCAUCCAAGGGGACCUGCCAUGUUUUUGUUUUAUCCCCUUUUGGUGGCGAUGCUGGAUUUCGACUUCUUAAUACUCAGGGCGAAGAACCCUCCCUAUAUCCUGUUUUAUCUCUACCUUGGUGGUCUACUUCUUCUUGCAUUUUUAAUCAACAAUCUUGUCCACCCCCAGCACCUGUUGCUCUUUCCGUUGUGAGCAGGAUAAAAUAUAGCAGUUUUGGAUGGCUUAGCCCAGUCAACAAUACUGCUUCUUCUACAACAGGGAAGGUGUUUGUGCCAUCUGGUGCUGUUGCAGCUGUAUUCCAUAGUUCAUUAUCUCAAAGUCCUCGGCAGAGUAACUCAAGGACCAGUACCUUGGAGCAUCUAUUAGUUUAUACUCCAUCUGGUCAUGUAGUUCAACAUGAACUUCAGCCAAGGAUAGGGGUAGAUCAGAGUCAUAGUGGUACCCAGGCAGCUACGUCUAUGCAUAUGCAGGAGGAAGAUCUGAGAGUGAAAGUUGAACCUAUUCAAUGGUGGGAUGUAUGUAGGCGGUCAGACUGGCCAGAAAGAGAGGACAUUGUUUUAGGUACCACAUCUGAUAGACAAGACGUAGCAGAAAUAAACCAAAAUAAAUCAGUUUCUGACGGUACUCAUGGAACGGAGUCUCUAGACUUAAAUGGUGCUGUUGGGGGGGAAAGGAGACUGGAAACUUACUCUGGAAAGCUCCAUGAUAGGUCCCACUGGUACCUCUCUAAUGCAGAGGUGCAAAUAAGUUCUUUGAGAUUACCAAUAUGGCAAAAGUCUAAGAUUUGUUUUUAUACAAUGGGUUGUCCAAGAGUCGAUAGUUUUGCUGAUGGAGAGUUUGAAAUUGAAAAAGUCCCUGUUCAUGAAAUUGAAAUGAGACAGAAGGAAUUAUUGCCUGUUUUUGAGCAGUUCCAUAUCAUCAAAUCAAGCUGGGAUGACAGAGUCCCGGGUGGGAGAUUUCCCAGUCUUUCCUCGUCAGAACCUCAUCAAGCUCAAGACAAGAUCUUGGAAGAGACUGUUAUUUGUCACUCAAAGCCUGCAUCGCUUAGCUCCACGGAAAGCUCAGAUGGGGGUUCAUCAAGAAGAAUUGAGCAUUUCCUCGAUUUUGAUCAAAUGAACAAUGAGAAGGCCCGCACAACAGUUUGUCAGAUCUUGAAUGGCCCGGAAAGAAGAGCCAAUACAAUUGUUGAGCCUUCAUUAGAAAACCAUAUAUCUUUCAGCAUUCUGUGUACUCCAUCUGAACAUUUUAAGAACGUCGAUUCUCAAGUUUCCAGUUGUCUCACCAAUGGUUUUCCUGUGUUAGAAAGUAAGUUGACCCCAGGAGGAAGAGUUUCUGCUGAAGAAUGCCUGUCUUUAAAAGCAAUUGGGAUCAGUGAGGUCUCAGUUUUAUACUCUGAUCAACAUCCUUCAAGUACCAAUAUCGUGGCAGAGGGGGCUCCCAAUUUGCAGCAUCCAAUAGAUCUUUCGCAGUUUUUCCAGGAGGAGCAUUGUAACGCAUUGGUGCCGAACGGAUGCCAUGGGUUAACGGAAGUCAUAACUGAUGAUGUUGACAGUGACAGUAGCCACUGCGAUAAGUUGAAAGCCAUGGAUGAGGAAGAUAGUGAAAUGCUUGGAGGCAUGUUUGCCUUUUCUGAUGAAGAUAGAGCUGUUUCCGGUGAUAUUGAUCAAAAUCUUCUCGGGCAGUGGCAGGAGCAACUGAGCAAGAAAGCAACCAUGGAUGCUGUGACUCAGUGGCAGAAACAGUGGUUCGACUACACUCAGUCUCUGCGCCGAGAGGGAUUCUUGGACGAUCAGUUUGCACAGCUAAAGAAGCUCCAGGAUGAAAGCAGCCCAGAUUUUGUGGUUGAGGUUGUUUCUCUUUUCUUUCAAGAUUCUGAGAAGCUUCUCAGCAAUAUGGGCAGGGCUCUAGAACAGAAUGUUGUGAAUUUCAAACAGGUAGAUGCGUACGUCCAUCAAUUCAAGGGUAGCAGUGCCUGGAUAGGUGCAUUAAGACUUAAAAAUGUAUGCAUCAACUUCAGAAAUUCUUGUGAGGCCCAGAACCUUGAAGGGUGUUUGAGAUGUUUGCAACAAGUGCAACAAGAAAGCUCUGCAUUGAAGAGCAAGCUUGAAUACUUAUUUAUGCUUCUCUGCCUAUCUCUCAAUCAUCCGUUGACGUUGCUCCCUUUGGUUACUGUAGUUGGAGCAACAGAUCGUGGCUGCCGGCGGGUCAAUUCCUAUUAUGGAAUAAAUUCUUUGAAAGAAUCCCCUGCUAGGAAAAACGUCGAGAAAUAUGGGAUGUCGCAUAAUUUACCGGAGUUCUUCUAG